UCCACCGGGCAGCGCCAUGACUAUGAGCCUCCUGCAAGAUUGGUGUAAGGAGCUGGAAGUGGCGGUGCACAGGGCCCUCCUGAUCACGGGCAUCCCUGAGCGCAUGCAGCAGGCGGACAUCGAAGCUACCCUGAGGCCGAACUUGCAGCCCCUGGGCAACUACAGGCUUCGGACUGUGAGAGCUGUGACCAAGGAGAAGUCUCAGGCCGCCCUUGUAGAAUUUGGGGCCGACUUCGAUCACUCUGCCAUACCUGUCCACAUCAGGGGAGAGAAUGGGGUCUGGAAAAUCCUGAGUAAGGACCGCGGGCAAGACGCGCGGGUCCUUAGGCAGAUGAGGCGCCUGUUGCUGGAUGAAAGGCCCAUGGAUGACUUCAGAGAGAUAGCCAUCCCUCUGGUAUUGGAGGCCCAGGCCCAGGCUAAGGGCUUAGGGAAGGAGGCCAAGAAGGCUGGCUCCUCGGAGGGGGCAGCGAGGAGCGGCCGUCGGGGCCGUCGGGGAGGCAAGCGCCGAUCCAGAGGCCACAAGCUGACGGCUCAGAAGGGCCAGAAGAGGAGCCGCGGAGGGCGCCGAGCCAGGAGUGAGUCGGAAGACUCUUCCGAUGACAGCCUGGGUAUCGUCAUAGAGGAGAUCUACGCAGAGGACCUGAGCGUAGACGAAGACCAGAGGGCCCUGUACGCCACGCUCCAGGCAGCCGCCAAAGAGCUCACCAAGAAGUGGGCCUUUCGGGGUGACCAGGAAGAAGGAGAUGCCCCCCGAGAGUUCUUGGCACUUGUCACCGUCACCGACAAAGCUAAGAAGGAAGAGAUCGAGAAAGACCUUCCGGGGACCGAGUCUAUCUGCUUAAACAUCAAAGAUGAAAAGAGCGGCGUCCCUGAUUUAGUCGCGCUGCUGGCGGUGAGAGAUACCCCCGCGGUGGAGGUCGAUACAGAGUUGGAUGACGAUGAUGAAGACGAUGAAGACGAUGAAGAAGAUGAAGACGACGACGACGAAGAUGACGAUGACGAGGAUGAUUCCGACAGCGAGUCUCUGGAAAACGGAGAGCAAGAAAAGGAAGCAAUGGAUAGCCCCGAGUUCGUGGCGAUCGUGGCUUACACAGACCCCGCCGACCCCUCUGCCAGGGAGGAAAUGCUAAAAAUCGCGUCGGUGAUUGAGACCCUCGGCUGGGGCGACAAGAAAGACAAAAAAGAUGUCCUUCCUCAAGUCCUGUCCGUCAUGGCCAAGGACACCUCUGGGCCCAGGGUGAAGGUAGAGGAGGCGGGUCGCCAGGUGGACGCCAUGGUUCUGAGGAAGGCGGAGGAAGAUGGGAAUCUUCUGGAAUGUAUUUCUACCUUGGCCGAAGCAGAGAACUGCCCCAAGGGAAAGAAGUCUGGGCUAGGUCUCCUCAGAGGCUGGACCGCUGAGGGCCACCAGGGUGGCCUCUUGGAGCUGGUGGCGCUCCUGGCUGCGCAAGACAUGGUGGAAGCCGUGAGAGAGGGAGAAGCCAGCAGGUGGGGCAGUGGUGGAAGCGGCGGCCGGAAGUGCGAUCACAGCCAAGGCGGUUUAUCUGAGGUCCUGGCUUUCCUGGCCUCCCAGGAGAAUCUAGAAUCCAACGAGGAAUCGGACGAGGAUUCAGACACAGAAUCAGAGGGAGCUUCCGAGGACACCGACAGCGAAGAGUCAGAACCUGGUGACAGUGUGUCCAAGAAGCCGCGCGCCAAGAGGGCGCGCACCGGCUCCAAAAGCCUCCCGCCGGCCGGGGCCACCGCGGUCUCCACCGCGUCCCGGGCUCGCAAACCCCGCAGGGGUGGCCGCGGUCGUGGCCGGGCUGUCACCCCAGAGAAGAAAGCGGGGAGCGGGGCUUCGACCGAGGACCAUGCGGGGAACAACAACAACAAGAAGAAGAAGGGAUCCGCCGGCGCCGGGGCCCGUGCCAGGGCUGGCGAGGCCAAGGCACAGCCAGUUGCUGUUCCCAAGUCUACCCGCGGAAAGAAAGCUCGCAGGGGCCCGAGGCGGGCGCCCAAAUGCCGUUAGUGCCGCAGAUGUCACUACGAGCCCUGUCUCUUGUGUGUGGGCUUCCCUCCCCUUUCCUCCUAUUCCCUCUCCUCCCUGCAGCCCCCCUCCUCCCCGCAGCCCCCCUCUCGCUUAACCGUGUGCAUUCGCUUUGUGCCCUGCCCGUCCCUGGCUGGCUGUGGCCGGUGCCCAGCUUUCCCGCUCAGUUCCGUGAACAGAUGGCGUGAGCGAUCGUUCUGGCUGCAGCCUAGAUACGACAAGGAAAAAGAGACAAGACACUCGGAUGCAGUGGCCGGUGGGUGCGGAGGAGAAAUGGGCCUGAAGACACCGAGGGGCUCUGCUCUACCUCUGGAGCCCCCCCUCGUCCCGCGUGAGUGUGUGUGGGUGCCUGGCACUCCUGCCUGCCCAUCUUCCCAGGCACCUGUUUCUGGCCGAGCAGUUGGGAUCUGCUGUGAGCCGCCUCUGGCCCCGACUGGGCCUUAGUGAGAAGCGAGCGUGUUGAGCACUGUGGGCAUUAGGGGAGCUU